CUCAGUAGAAGAUGCCUCGCCCCGGAGUAAAGCGAAGCCUUACUAGAGCCUUUAUGAGCUAGCUCGUAUUGCUGGCUCGCGUAAAGGAAAGGCAUUACAGCUCGCUCAAACUUAGUCACGAGCCGCGAGCUUGAAUUUAAACCCCAUCGUCAUGCUCGAGCUCUAACUCGAGAUCUGUCAGCAAUAAUAAGACAUCUCUUGAAAUGAGCUAUGGGAGUAGAAUCGGGACUGAAGACGAGACUGCGCAAGGUCGGAAGCUCCGGUUCCAGUCUGAUGACAUGAGCUCCCGAGGGGCCACGCCCGCCCCGAGCAUUGGGACGAGCAUGGGGAGCGAGGUCCGGCAGAUGGUUCACUCCGUAGCACUUCCUCCAUCGUCGACCUUCUGGGCCCAGAUGAAAGAGGGAAUUAUGGAGACAUUCUUUGCGGACGAUCCCUUCCGCCAGUUCAGGGGCUACAAGGGGAAGCAGAGAUGGUUCGUCGGUCUCAUGUACAUCUUCCCCAUUCUCGACUGGCUUCCCAAGUACGAUAAGAGAAUGCUCAAAGGUGACCUCAUUGCCGGACUCACCACUGCAAGUCUCGCUAUCCCUCAGGAUCUGGGGUAUGCGAAGUUGGCAAACAUGGACCCAAUUCACGGUCUAUACGCGAGUUUCGUUCCACCUUUAAUCUAUGCCUUGCUGGGGAGUUCGCGCGACAUUACCAUCGGGCCUGUCGCGGUUAUAUCCAUUAUUAUGGGUCAAUUGCUCAAGAAUGAGAUCGACCCGCACGAGGAUAGAGCGGGCUACUUGCGCCUUGCAUUCACUGCAACCUUUUUUGCUGGAGUCGUGCAAGCGUCACUUGGAAUCCUCAGGCUCGGGUUCCUCGUCGACUUUCUUUCACAUGCAGCAAUCGUUGGUUUCAUGUCUGGAGCUGCAGUGACUAUCGCUCUUCAACAGUUAAAAGGGCUUUUAGGAAUAACAAAGUUCACAACCAGUUCUGACAUCGUCUCGGUCAUGAGAUCAGUCUGGACUCACACUGGCGAGUGGAACUGGCCAACAAUUGGCCUAGGGUUUUUCUUUUUGAUAUUGCUCGUGGCUACAAGACGAUUCUCACAGAUGAGGAAAAGGUUCUUCUGGUGCUCAGCUGUGGCACCUUUGGGAUGCGUGAUUGUCAGCACCCUAUUUGUUUUUGUGACUCGUCUCGACAGGAAGGGUAUCAAAGUAAUCGGAUAUAUUGAAAAGGGAGUUAAUCCUGCUUCUUUCAGUGAUAUUUACUGGACUGGACCUCUAGUCGCAAGGGGAUUCAAAGUUGGUGUGGUCUCCGGUCUCGUUGCUCUCACGGAAGCAGUUGCUAUCGGAAGAACAUUCGCAGCUUUGAAAGCUUACCACAUCGACGGAAACAAGGAGAUGAUUGCCAUCGGGACCAUGAACAUUGCAGGAUCAUGGACUUCUUGUUAUGUGGCAACAGGUUCCUUCUCUCGAUCAGCUGUCAACUAUCAGUCUGGCUGUUUCACAGCGAUGUCGAACGUCGUUAUGGCAAUUGCGGUGCUUUUCACCCUUUUGUUUUUGACUCCAUUAUUUCACUACACUCCAGAAUGUGUCCUCGCUGCUAUCAUUAUGAACGCUGUCGUCGGUUUGGUGGACUUGAGGGCCAUGUACCUAGUCUGGAAGACUGACAAGAUCGAUUUCCUAGUGUUGGCUGGAGCGCUUUUUGGUGUCAUGUUCGUCUCCAUUGAGAUUGGUCUUCUUGUUGCUGUUAUCAUCUCUUUCUCUAAGAUCCUUAUUCAUGUGACAAGGCCACAUACAGCUCUCCUAGGUAACAUACCUGGUACCAGCAUGUACCAUGACAUCAAGCAGUACCCAUUAGCAAGUAAUGAACCUGGAAUUGUGAUCGUACGUAUCGACGCUGCCAUCUACUUUUCCAACUCAAAUUAUGUUCGCGAGAGAAUCUUGCGAUAUGUGAACGACGCUGAAGAUGAGCUAGCAGUGAAUGGAGGAAUUCCUCUUCAGUUUGUUAUCUUGGAGAUGGCUCCCGUGAUGAGCAUUGAUACUGCGGCUAUUCAUGCUUUCGAGGAACUCAACACAAACCUUCAAGCAAGGGGAAUCCAGUUGACGAUCUCGAAUACUGUCGGAAAGGUGAUUACGACCUUCAAAGAUGGAGGUUUUGUGGACCUUCUAGGUCAAGAGUGGUUCUUCCUCUCUGUCUCUGAAGGAGUCCAAGUUUGUUCGAUUCUCAUCAAGAGGAAGCAACAAGCGAUGAAAGAAAAUUACGCCGACAAGGUCUAGGACAAAUAGUUUAAUUUGAAUUUAACAUUAUUCUUUCCUUAAUUGUUUCCAAGAAGUAGAUCUAGAAAAGAGUUUCAUAUUGAAAUUCUGUAUGUGAACUAUACCAUAUCUAAACAUCAUUCAAGUCAGAUAGAGCUGCAAAUUCCCUCCAGGCAGAAGUUAGCGCAACCUCCAUAGGCCCGUAGGAGUAGUGUUAGUUUUUGCCAAGGCUAGAGGAUGGCUGUGGUCUCUCUGAGCUGUCAAAAUCAGUAAAUGUCCAAAAGAUUCAGAAUUGCCUCUGCAAUCGGUCUUCAAGAGCACUUGAUUGUAACUAUUCUCUUAUAUGUAAAGCGUGAAAUUUUAUGCUCAGUCCUCAAUAAAUGGAUAAGGUUUCC